AUGAAGUCUGGCUUUUCCCCCUUGGGUCAAACACAAUCGCGAUGUGACAAUAAUUUUCAAGUAUUUCUCAAUUCUGCAUGUGAUCAACUUGGUGGUUGGUUCGAAUGGUGGUCUAAUACUCGACAAGUUUUGUGUAACGUGGAUGGAAACACUCUUUUUAAUAUUGUCAAUGCAUUUGGGCCGAAGGCAUUCAACACAGCUCAACAACAAAGUGGAUGCCGUGGUUAA